AUGUCGACUAUCUCCAUGCCCAGCUCCGGGUACAUGGACGGCAGCUGUAGCUCCGACCUCCUCCUCUAUCUCCGCGUCGAGUUUGGCGAAGAGCGCGUCAGUGGCUGCUCGCUCCUGUCGGAGGAACUGCCAGUUGGCCUCCACAUAGGCCUCAUCCUGGAUGGACUGCUGCUCCGCCAUCUGCACGGCUUGGGCGACAACAAACUCCGCCUCCGCCUACUCCAUGUUGAACUCCAGAGCAGGCUGCUCCGCCUCGUCCUCCUCCGGAUCUGCCACCUCUGUCGGCUCCGGCAGCUGCUCUCCCUCCCCUUCCUCCGGCUACUCCUCCUCCUCCUCCUCCUCCUCCAGUUUCGGCUAGUCCGGAGGCAGCCCGGCUACGAUGCGGCUUUGAGAACUUCAUCCAACGUGACAACGAGAAGAAAGGAGAAUUUUAAAAGAAUCUUCUUGAGGUUCGAGCAACUUAGGAUCAAGGAGGCGAAGGUGGUUCCCGCCGGCGACGUCGACGUCGCCGUCGACGGCGAGGAGCUGGUCCCGGCGCUGGUCUCGCUGGAGCCGGUGUACGGCGCGGGGUCGGCGCUCGACGAGGCCCGCCUCCGCUUCGCCCGCCUCGCCGACCGCUUCCGCGCCCUCUACGCCGCCGGCCCCGCCCUCUUCGCCCGCUCCCCAGGGAGGGUGAAUCUCAUCGGGGAGCACAUCGACUACGAGGGCUACUCGGUGCUGCCCAUGGCCAUCCGCCAGGACAUGAUCGUCGCCAUCCGCAGGGCCGACGGCGGCCUCGUCCGCGUCGCCAAUGUCGGCGACAAGUACGCCACCUGCGUCUACCCCGCCGACCCAGACAAGGAAAUUGACAUCAAGAACCACAAAUGGGGCCACUACUUUAUGUGCGGAUACAAGGGAGUAUAUGAAUAUGCUAGGUCAAAAGGGAUAGAUAUGGGUGAACCUGUUGCUCUUGAUGUCGUAGUUGAUGGCACAGUCCCUCAAGGAUCUGGACUUUCAAGCUCAGCGGCAUUUGUCUGUUCAGCAACAAUUGCUAUCAUGGGAAUUCUCGGGAAAAACUUCCCAAAGAAAGAAGUUGCUCAAUUUACAUGUCAAUCUGAGCGCCAUAUUGGGACCCAAUCAGGGGGUAUGGAUCAGGCUAUAUCUAUCAUGGCCAAACCUGGAUUUGCUGAGUUGAUAGAUUUCAACCCAAUCAAAGCAACCGACGUGCAACUACCCUAUGGUGGUACAUUUGUGAUUGCCCAUUGCCUGGCAGAGUCCAAGAAAGCAGAAACAGCUGCUACAAACUACAACAACCGCGUUGUAGAGUGUCGCUUGGCAGCGAUUGUUCUCGCCAUCAAACUAGGGAUGGAUACAAAAAAAGCCAUCACAUCUGUUACGACCCUCUCUGAUGUUGAGGGGCUAUGCGUCUCCUUUGCUGGCAAAGAAGGUUCUUCUGAUCCUGUAGUUGCUGUGAAGAAGCUAUUGCAUGAGGAGCCAUAUACUUUGGAAGAAAUAGAGAAAAUUACAGGUCAAAGCCUAGCAACUGUCUUCCAGAGCUCUCAAACUUCCUUGGAUGUGUUUGAGAGCUGCGAAGCAUUUCAAGUUAUUUCAGGUAUGCUUAAGAAGCUCGGUGAUCUAAUGAACGAUAGCCAUCAUAGCUGCAGUGUGCUAUAUGAAUGCAGCUGUCCCGAGUUGGAAGAGCUUGUAAAAGUGUGCCGGGACAAUGAGCCGGGUGGGGUGGAAGUGCUGCAGACUGAUAUGCUCGGAGCACGGCUCACAGGAGCCGGGUGGGGUGGCUGCGCAGUCGCCCUGGUCAAGGAGGGCAUCGUCCCACAGUUCAUCCUCAAUUUGAAGGAGAAGUACUACAAAUCAAGGAUCGACAGGGGAGUGAUCAAGCAGAGCGACCUUGGCCUGUAUGUGUUUGCGUCGAAGCCGUCGAGCGGCGCGGCCAUACUGAGGCUGUAGAUCGACCACCGCCGGCCGUGGCCGGUCACUUGUACAUGCACACACACUCUCGAAUAAACGCGUGCUCGAGGCGAGCACGCUGCCAUUAGCUAAUUUAGUCCCCACCCAUGCGUGUCUGAAUGUACAAUACUAGUACAAUGUGUAGUAUUUAUCUUUGUUUAUUAUGGGCGAUCUGAUGCCAGAUUAUCUA